ACACACUCACUCACUCCCACACACACACUGUCUGUCUUCACAGUCCCCAGCCACAGACAUCCUCAUCACACACACACACACACACACACACACACAUACAGGAGGAGCAGCAGCAGCAGCAGCAGCUCCUUCAGCCUGUCAGGAGACGCUCCUCUUCACCACCUGGAUUGUAGGAGAGGCCAGCUGAGGACGCGACGGCGCCGCGAGACACAGGGACGCUCACCGUCGGUGGAGGAGAGAGAAACUAAUCACACUGAGGAUAAAGCCUCAUCCGAGCCGGCAGGCUGAAGGAACAGCCAGUGGCACUGCAGUGGCACUACAGCACAGGGGGCUAAAGCUUUGCUGCAAGAGGUAAAAGACCAUGCGAUCCCGCAGCAACAGUCUGGAGGACAUAACCAAGGCCAAGCUGGUGCAGGCGGACACGCGCAAGCGAUCUGCCGAACGCGAGGAGCCCUCUGGAAGGGCCGAGCGCCGCAGCCGGUACCGCGAGCCGCCGGAUGACACCGGCACCAUCCAGCGGAACCACAAGACGGCCAAAAACAGCACCAGCUCCGGCGGGAGCGGCAGCAGCAGCAGCGGUGCCACGAAGGCCGGUCGCAGGGAGAAGGGCAGGGACCUCUCCCGGGACGACCUGGUCUUUCUGCUGAGCCUGCUGGAGGGAGAGCUACAGGCCAGAGACGAGGUGAUCACAGUCCUGAAGGCGGAGAAAAUCGACCUGGACCUGCUGGAGGCCAAAUAUGGCUUUGUCACACCGCAGAAGGUCCUGCAGGCUCUGCAGAGAGACGCCAUCCAGGGCAAGGCGGACGACUUCCAGGAGGACAUCUACGAGAGGCCCAUGGUUGAGCUGGAUAAGCUGGUGGAGAAGCAGAGGGAGACGCACCGGCGGAUGCUGGAGCAGCUGCUGAUGGUGGAGCAGUCGCACAAACAGGCCCUGUACAAGCUGGACGACGAGAAGAGGAACCACGGCGAGUUCAUGAAGAAGAGCGACGAGUUCACCAACCUGCUGGAGCAGGAGCGCGAGAGGUUGAAGCUGUUAAUUGACCAGGAGAAGGCCUACCAAGAACGGAAGGACGAGGAGAGCGACACAAAGCUCACAAGCCUGAAGGAAGAGCUGACAAAACUCAAGUCGUUUGCGUUGAUGGUUGUGGAUGAACAGCAGCGUCUCACCGAGCAGCUGAAUCAACAAACGGCCAAAGUCCAAGAUUUAAGUGCCAGCGCCUCUCAGGCCCAGGAGGAGCUGAGCUCAGCUAAUGCCCGGCUGCAGGAAGAGGAGCAAAAGGUCUUUCGCUUGGAGUCUGAGCUGCGUGACCAAGCUUGUCGAUACCACCUGGAGCAAGAGACCAUGACCGCCAAAUUGACCAGCGAGGAUGCCCAAAGCCGGCAGCUGCGCCAGAAAAUGUCGACUCUCAGCCGGCAGCUUGACGAGCUUGAGGAGACCAACAAGACCCUGCGCCGGGCCGAGGAGGAACUGCAGGAGCUCAGGGAUAAAAUUAGCCGCGGCGACUGUGGAAACUCCAGCCUCAUGUCUGAGCUCGAAGAACUACGUAAGAGGGUCCUGGAAAUGGAGGGAAAGGAUGAGGAGCUGAUCAGGAUGGAGGACCACUGCCGGGACCUCAACAAGAAACUGGAGAAAGAGGCCAAUCAAAGCCGAAGUCUGAAGGCGGAGGUCGAUAAACUGAACCACAGGAUUAUGGACUUGGAGAAAUUAGAGGACGCGUUCAGCAAAAGCAAACAAGAGUGCGGCUCGCUCAAAAGUAACCUGGAGAAGGAGAGGACAGUGUCAAAGACGAUGACCAGUGAGCUGGAAAUCUUGAAGGUCAGGGUCAAUGAGCUGGAAGCAGCUGAAACCCAACUUGGAAAAGCUGAGCUGACACUGAAGGAAGAUCUGACCAAGUUAAAGACUUUGACAGUCAUGCUGGUGGAUGAGAGGAAAGCUAUGGCGGAGAAGAUCAAGCAAAUGGAGAGCAAGGUCCAGAACAGCACCGGCAAACUUCAGGCUGAGCAGGACAAGGUGACGUCAGUCACCGAAAAGCUCAUUGAGGAGAGUAAGAAAGCACUGAGGUCAAAGGCUGAGCUGGAGCAGAAAAUGUGCAGUGCGACAAAGGAAAGGGACGACUUGAGGGCAAAGUUGAGGCUGGAGGAGGAAAAAAGCUUGGAUUUGGAUUCAAAGAUCAACAUGAUGAGGAAACGGAUGCAAUCCAUGGAGACCAAAGAAAGGGAAUACCUGAGGAGCAAAGCUAAAGAGGAGCAAAUCAAAACACCUAUUGCUAACCGCUUCCACCAGGAGGACAACAAAGUUCAGGAUUUGACGCAGGAGGUGGAACGCCUCAGACGCAAAUUGAAGGACAUGAAGGUGGUCGAGGGCGAUUCAUUAAAAACAGAGGAGUGUGAAUCACUGGAGAAAAGACUCAACAACGAAGAAGAGAAGGCAAAGGCCUUGAUGGAGGAGCUGGAAAUAUCCAGAAAAGAACUUUCCCAGUAUCAACUGGCUGAAAAGGAAGAGUGCAACCAAGAGCAUGUUCUUUACAAGCGCUUGAAGGAGGAGGAGGCAAAGUCCAGCCACCUGAGCAGGGAGGUGUCAGCCUUGAAGGAGAAGAUACACGAAUACAUGGGGACAGAGGAGUCGAUUUGCCGCAUGAAAACUGACCACUCGUCACUGCAAAGAAAGCUGACCCAGCAGGAGGUCAGAAACAAAGAGCUGGCCAGAGAAAUGGAGACGCUCACUCGAGAGCUCGAAAGAUACAGGCGAUUCAGCAAAAGUCUCCGGCCCGGCAUGAACGGGAGACGCUUUUCAGACCUCCACGUUGCCACCAAGGAAGUUCAGACAGAGCCCCUCGACCUCAUGUCUCCCAACUGCAAGACGGCGGCCCCGCUGGAGCGCGCCGUGGUGAACGGCAAACUGUAUGACGAGAGCGAGCCGGAAGAUAAUGAAAACUACAGCAACGCGCUUCAGCUGUCCAAAUGCAGCCCCUCGCUCAUCAAUAACGUGAAUAACCUGAACAACAACAUGAGAAGAGCACGAGUCCCAUUCCUGACAAGCAAAGACUCCCCGCAUCAGGCGAAUGGCAAAGCGCCGCCGCGGCAGAACGGCAAUCACGUCCAGCCCGGAGAUGUCUUGCUGACCCACAGUCCCGGGCAGCCUCUGCACAUUAAAGUGACUCCUGACCACGGACACAACACAGCCACGCUGGAGAUCACCAGCCCAACCGCGGAAAACACCCCGUCAUUCACCAGCACCGCCGUCAUACCCACAAGUGGAGGUCCACCCAAGCAGAGAAUCACCAUCAUCCAGAAUGCUUCCUUAUCCCCUACCGCUAAAUCAAUCUCCCCAACAACAAAAUCCAAAGGUUCCCCACUGUCCGACGAGCUGUGUUCACCGGAUAGGGCCCUCUCGCCUUUCGCCAUGGCCACGUACUCCAGAGCAAUGACCCCAGACUCUUGUGGCUCCGUCACACCGGACAGAGCCCUGUCACCGAUACAGAUCGUGUCCGUCACAACCGGCACCCCGGAGCGCUCCCUCUCCGCUGAGCCGGUGGAGGUCGUCGGAGGGCAAGCCGUGUUCCGCGUGACCCCGGAGAGGCAGAGCAGCUGGCAGGUCCAGAGGUCCAACAGCUCGGGGCCCAACGUCAUCACCACGGAGGACAACAAAAUCCACAUUCACCUCGGCAGCCCCUUCAUCCAGAGCAUCAGCACCCCGACACGGACGCUGAGUCCGUGCCAUGCGCCCGGACUCCAGGAGCAAAGGACUCAGGUGCUCGCCAACUGCAGCACUCCCGCCGCCAAAGGCCCCAGCAAAAUCACAAGUAGCAUCAUGAUUAAGCCCACGUCCACCCCAAUCCAAAGGCCAGCACAGAUUACAAUCCCUCCUGAAGCAUUCCGACGAUCCGGACCUACGAGGAUCCCCAAACCCAGAAGCUACAGCUCCCAGAAGGGGACCGGCGGCUCGGCGGCAAACCCGGUAGCGCAGAGCAAGAGUCAGCCGCCAAACGCACAAGUCACCACGGGGAGAGAGCAGCACACACACAUGCCGGCAGCACACAACAACAACAACAACAACAACAACCCCAAUCUCGUGAACCGCAAACUGUGACAUCAAUGCUUCUCUAAUACUGCAAGAGUCAGCUUACAGUAUAUUUCACUUUCACUAAAAACAACCUCACGGCAACUUCAACCUAAAAUGAGGGAUUUUGCUUCGAAACUACCUGCAAAAGAAAAAAGAACUGCUUUAGUCUAAAAGUCUUUUAAUUUUAAUUAAUCUGCAACUCUAUAACCCCAAUCCUCAUCUGUGGUGCUCUGCAAACCACAACGUGCAGCUGUUUAUUGUCUCUGUGCACACGCUGAUAGAACAAACAUCUGUAGAAAGUAGUUCCGAUGUAGAUUCAUUUAAAUAAACAAGUUUAGUUAUUUACAAACACAGCUUUUGGUGUGUCACUGUACUAAAAGUGGAAUGAAACUGAAUAUUAGAGCACCCAGUGUGAUGUAUUGUUGGUAAAAAUUAAGGUUAAUUUAUACUGUAAGUAUUUGUUUCCACCUUAGAUACAGAUCAUGAAACAGUCAUUUAUCCAUUUCUAAAGAAGGAACACAUAUUUUUUAAGAAUAAGUGGCAAUAAUGUACAUAGGUGUAAAACGAAUGUGUUGUAACGCGGCUUCUUGAUAGUGAUCAUCUCUCGAAUGUGACAUUUGUGUUAUUUUUGGUUAUCAAUAAAGACU